AAAGCUUGCAGACUAUUAAGGAUCAAACCUCUACCAAUCUACACCUAAUUAUAAAACUCUAAGAAUAUAUGAGUAAAUAUUUCUAAGCAUAAAUGACAAUCACAAUACAAAUCUAACAUUAACAUUACUCUGUCAACAGCCUAUUUGUAAAUUAUCGAGCUAACAGAGCUAUGUAAACAGAACGAACAUGAGAGACCCGACUGCAGACGUCAGUAAUGCAGCGUAAUGGAAUAAUGUCCCGAUCUUCGCUAAAGUUAUAAACUGCCUCCAGAACCCAGUUAAGGUACAAAAAAAUCCUAUUCAACAAAAAAUCGUGAUGCUGUUCAGUCUUUUUUUUUUUCCGCUCAGCCGAGCCUUCUUUGUUGCUGUGUGCAGCAGCCCGUGUCAGUCACCUCUGUCACACGUCACUCACUUAUCCAGUCAUGCACAGUGGUCUCAUAAAGAAACAGCUUUUUGAUAUAAAGCUUUUGUUGUUCCCAAAUACAAAUAUUUUUUAAAGUAUUUGUUCGAAAUAAGUAUUUGUAAAAAACACGUUAUUCGUGCCUUUCCGAAUACCGUAUUCGGGUUCAGCUCCACCCCUAAUAUCUCUCUCUCUCUCUCUCUCUCUCUAUAUAUAUAUAUAUGUAUGUAUGUAUGUAUGUAUAUAUAUAUAUAUAUAAAGGCGCUAUAUAAAUACAGGCCAUUUACCAUUUACCAUAUUUAUACACACGUGUGUGUGUGUGUGUGUGUGUGUGUAUGACAACAUGCCAUUAUCUGAUGAAUCAUGAUAAAUUACCUACUUUUGCCAGCUAUAAAAAACUGGUCACAUUCUUUUCAGUCAUAAAAUCUCAUGUUUGCUUCCUGGGGUUUGCUGUAAUCCCUCAUACUCAUUAACUUACUGCACUUUGAGUAACUGCCCCUGCUGUUUUAGUCAGUGUUAAGUGCCAAGAAUAUUUUUCUUUGUUUCUGUUCUUUAAGGUAAUGAUUAAUCAGAUAUCUGGAAGUGAAGUUUUGACUGAAGUGUAGAUUUCAGCUUUAAUUCAAACAAUUUAAGUCUUUAUCCUUCCGUCCAUUAAUUCUCUUCUGCUUUUCCAAUUCAGGGUUGCAGGGGUCACCAGCCUGUUGCAGGGCUAACACAUACAGACAGACAGCCAUUAACAAUUUAGAAUCACCAAUUAACUUAAUUCCACUACGUCCGUAUCUUUGGACUGUGGGAGGAAGCAUGAGUAUAUGGAGAGAACCCAUGUAGCCACCAGCCAGAUCAUGGAUUCAAAUCCAGGGCUUUCUUGCUGUGAGGCAACAGUUAAAUUAAGGCCACCAUGCCAUCCUGAAUUUAACUAAAUAUAAUGAAAUAAUAAAUUAAUUGUUUUGAUGUGUGUAUGGGCUCAUUGUCAUAUUGGAACAUCCACUUGCGUCCAAUUUUUAACCAUCUAGCUGUUGAUUAGAGAUAAUGUUUAAGAAUUUGGAGGUAGUCCUCCUUCCUCGUUCCAUCCACUUUGUGCAGUGUACCAGUACCACUGGCAACAACAGCCUCAGAGCAUGAUGUUACCUGUUUGCUGCCAUCAAUGUGCUUGACAACUGUUACAGUGUUCUUAAGUUUGAAAGUCCCACAUUUACAGGGAGCAGCUGGAGAGGCUUUCAGAUCCAUGUCUGAAGAUCAUCGCCAGCGGUUCCGUAGAGACUAAAUUGUAAAAAUUGUUUUUUUCUCCAAAUAUUUGUUGCCUUUGCUAGGCAUUAAUUUUCCUACACAUCCAUAAUGAUUCCAGAAAAUCACUUCCUUAAUUCAGUCUAAGCAGUAAGAUACAAGGAAACUAGCCAUGCACAAGACUCAUUAAAGGUUUGCUGGGAAAUUCCACUACUUUGGGAAAACACUUCCGGCAAUUGGGUGCUGACACACAAGGUGAAGUAUGUCCAUAUAUAAACAGCACUGAACACCACUGCUUCAGGCAUUUCUCAACUCAAAGAAGCUUAACAUUUACCUUGCCGCUGCUGCUGGAUCUUUCAGUAAGUCAUACUUGAGCGCUGUCUAUCUCUUUCUUCUGCAUUUUAUAACUCUAGUCUGGUUAAUGGUUUGACCCUGUUUGCCUGGGUUCUAUGUAAAAUUCUUGCACAAUCCUCCAGUAAGCACAGUAAGCAUAUAUGUAUUUACAGAAAAGUGCAAUCAUGUGUGAGCAUUGACAUGGAAAAUCUGCUUCUCAUGUUUAUCCAGUUGUUAGCUGAAGACUCUGAAGACACCAUGAAGACUCUACUUAUCAUCUCUGGCAUCAUCUGUGCUCUUCUGUCUAUCAGGGCUGCAACAAUACCUCCAGCUAUGGCUGCUGCAGGACACCAAGACAGACAUGCACCAAAAUCAGAGGAGAAUAGUGACACUGCUGUUGCUCCUGGCAGUGCAGCUCUUCAACCCCAAGCUCGGUUUGGUUUCUGCCCCAAUGGUUGGCUUAGUUAUGGCGCUAGCUGCUACUACUUAUCCAAUAUUCCUGAGACCUGGGGAAAUGCUGAGAGGUUCUGUGCUGAUUUUCAGAGCAGUCUGGCCUCUGUCCACAGUAUCUGGGAGCAUAAUUUCCUCCAACGUAUGGUCCAGACUGGUGGUCACUCCUUUGCCUGGCUUGGAGGUUACUACUUUGAGCGCGAUUGGCGAUGGGAAGAUGGCUCAUUGUUUGACUUCCACAAUGGCGAACUCAUAAGCAAUACUGAUAGAUACCAAUGCCUGCAGCUUAACACUCAAGCAUCUUCAGGCUGGUCCAAUCAUGGGUGCAACAUGCUCUUCCCAUUUGUAUGUCAGCGGAGGUUAAGCUGUUAGUUGCUGCAGUGUAAGCAAAGUCACUGCAGACACUAAACCUGCCUGUUGUAUGCCAUAGGAAAUGUCACUGUCAUGAGCAAAUAUGCUGAAACCAAAUCAUGCAGAUGCAAUGGACAUGUAAAACAAAUGAUAACAGUGUACUCAGUUCUUUAUAUGUUUUUCACUUUAAAGAUCUGGAAUGUCACUUGUUCAUGUGAUUGUGUUUGAAUGUGUCUGAGUGUAAGGAAUGGUGUCUACUCGAUAUAAGUGGUAAGAUAUCAAAAGUUGUGGCACUUAUAAUAAAGCUGAAGGCAGUUUUGUAUGUUGUCCUAGGCAAACCUACCUUGGUCUCAAGUGCAAGAAAUCAAGUUAAAAAACAAGUAUCAGACACCUCGGACAUGUACAUACAAGUUUAUAUAGUCAGGAUUAUUGUUCUUAAUAUACUCAAUAUCACUGUCAAAGAACUUAUUAUAAAUUCAGUUCCACUAGACAUCUUAAUAAGUAACAUAUUCAUAGUCAAAUAAAUGGUUAAUUUCAGGAUGUUCCUGUACUAUUAGAAAUUACUACUAACUCUAAUUUUUCAAUGCAUAUAUGAAUAUGGACUAGAGAACCUUAUGUUUUCCAAAUGCUAAUUGUUCAUCUGCUUGUAAGCUUGUUAUGGGCACCUGGACACAAACACAGAGCACAGAAGCAAGGGUGAUAUGCUGGACUGAACAUCAGUUGAGAGACAUUAAAAACAUGAAUUAUCA